CCUUCCCUUCUCUCUUUUCAACGAAUUUACAUGGGAAUAGGACGACUGAACCAGGUCCUAUUUUCUAUCUAGAUCAUGAGCCACAUGAGAGACACCGAUUUUGAUCAGCUCAUGAAAAGACUGACCGAGAACUUCAAUGUUCUGGCUGACGAAGUUCAGCUGUUGAGCGAUAGGAAGACCGUUCUCGAACACAAGCUACGUUUUGCACACGAACAGUAUCAAGUUCUAGCCCUCAAGUACGCGCCGUCUGAUGAUCCAGAUAUCUCGAGCACUCUAGCCAAGCUGCAGCUUCCCGCGGACAUCCGAGUGAAUGCAGAGGACCGAACGUCACUGGUGCCGCUACCUCCCCGGCGGUCCGGAAACUCCAAGCAGCAGACGGCUGAGGCUAUAAGAGAUGGGCGAAAGGCGUCACAGCUCAUAGCUUCUCUUAAGGGCUGGAAUAGAUCUGCCGUUGGUAAUCGCAGUGCCUCAAUAGCUACGAGCAGUAACAAUAGGAACUCCCGCGGUGGAACCUCCUUCACAACAUUCCAUGAACAAGACUUCACAGUACCGGGCAGAAAAAGCCAACUGAUGUGCCCAUUCUCUCAAAAAUCCAAUAAGCCCGCCCCGAACCGGGACUCAUCAAGCCAAGUAUCGGCGAUGGAGACCGCUGAGGAAACCACUGCCGUCCCCGAUACGGAAGACAACACCCCCCAUCACUCAACAGAUCCCAUAUGCGCAGCACUAUAUGCCGAAACACAUGUCUCCGCGCCUCCAUCGGCCGCCGGCUCCAACAAAUGCCCCAUACGUUUCCUAGACCAGCAUUCUCCCGAAGAGGUCGCAAGAUAUUUUGAGACCCACAAGCAUGAAAUCCCACGAAGCCAUGAAGUAUGCGUGAAGCGGUAUACGAGGAACGAGGAAGGCGCUAGGAAGUUGGAUGCAAAAUACGGUAGCAUGGUGAGCAUGCUGCAGCAACUGGGACAGAAGCACCAGCCGAUGCUACCUGUGCAAGACGAAAUUGAAGAAUACGAAGUGGAUAAGAGGUCCAACGGACGGGUCGAAAGCUGGGCGAAGGCUGUCAGUGAAGAAGGCGUCGACCCUGCCGAAGCAACGGUCAACGUCCCUACCGAGCAUGAAGAAGAGCGCGAGGGGCGAUACGACAGGCCAUUGAAUGAGGUCAGGGUUGGCGAGUCUCCGAGCCGCCCAUGGGGUAUUUCAGUGCCAUACGAUUUCCCACCUGCUCCUCACUACACCGAGAACGAUUUACAAGCCUCGCCAUCCGCCCCCGCCAUUACCCGCGACUUUGACGGCCAGGCGCCGGUGAGCCCGUUCGGCCACGGCGCAAAAGCGGAAGAAGUGACAGAGGAACCUGCAUCGUCUGAUCGAGAGGAUAUCCCUCAGGCGAAGCCAACGGGGCAAUGCCCAUUCAGCCAGAACAUGGACCCAAAUGCACCGCUUCCCAAAGACCACCCUGCCGUAGCACCGCAAGACUCGGGGUUCGGCGCAACAUACGAGAGCCAGCCGCAGCCGGAACCGACAUCGCAGCCAGCGUUCAUAGCGAAGCCCGAGGCUGCCACGACGACGGGUAAUAACGGUGGACCGCAGAUGCUGUUCACAGGGCCUGUGUUCAUCGGAUACCCUGUUGAGCAGGCGAUGGCAUUGAUGCAGCAGUGGCAGGCUGGGGCCAACCAACCGAGAUGAUGGAAGCAACGAGGCGGACGUUGCGUAGAUUUUUUUUUGAUAGCGAUUAGCAUUCUAUUUUGAUUGUAGCAUGGGUUUGAGCGUUGAUUCUUACGGGGGCUUCCAUGGGAAGAAGACCGGCGCACGUAUUUAGCUGUUUAGCUUAGCCUUUAAUGUACAC